AUGUCAUUCCUUCCGAAGUUCAUCUUCUAAGAUGCCCACGCGUCCCCUCCCCUUAAAUCCCAAUCUAACUUCUCUAGAUUUUAUCGCCGAUCACCAUGACGGCCUCUUCUCUCUCUUAGAGCUCUCCUUCAUGUGUAUUUUAUCACACCAUUCGAGUCCGUAAUCUUCUAUGUAUAGAAUACAAUAAAAAGGGGGAAAAAAGCCUAAAGGCGAGGGAGGAGUGUGGGUCCUAUUGUCUCUCUCUCUCUCUCUCUCUCUCGCGUACUGUACGUUGUCUGGGUGGGCGAGAGCGAAAACGACCCGCUGACUAGCAAGCAUUGCAUAGCUUGGUGAAAAUUCCAAGGCACCGAUUUCCAAUCCUGAACUUCUUUGGUUUCGGCUCCACUGUCUUGGAGUCCAAUCUCCAACUUGUACCCGCCCCUGUCAAUACGAGAUCGACUGUGUCCAAGUCAUGCGAAUUAUCAGCUCCACCCGCCAUGGCAGACGCCGACGUUAAUUACAACAAGAAGAAUAGUUAUCAAAUGGGAGAAGGCCCAGAGUUUCAGGGCUUGCGCGGAUCGCUGACAAAACGGAGCAUCGCAGAGAGAAGGGGAUUCAGCUCCGAUGCCGCCAGAAUAAAUACGCCUCGCUUUCGCACAGCUAGCCAAUUGGCUUCUCCGGCGGCUCGUUCCCCCCGUGUCACUCUACCCCCCGGUAUUAGUCCCACCGCCUUGCUUGACUCGGCCAUCAUGCUUCCUAAUUCUCAGGCAUUACCAUCUCCCACCACUGGAACUUUUCUGCUGCCUCCUCUCAGUCACCAAGGAUCAAUUCUCACUUCCGUCCCUCUCGAUGCCGGCACUGGCCUUGCUUCAUCUUCCAAAUUCAAGCCCGAAGCCAAUUACAAUCCUCUUCCUGCCUCCUCUAUUCUCGAAAUUCAGGUUUCUGACCAUUGCAUUAUAGCAAAGGGAGGAAUUUCAGAUUGCCAGCCACCUGUGCCUGAUCAAGCGCUACUGGAUUUUGCAAUUCCGGCAGAGUUUCCUAAAGGACAUAAAAUAAAAAGUGAAUUACAUUCUUAUGAUGAUGUGAGAAUGGUACAAGAUGCAAUUUAUAACGCUAACAAUGUUGAGAUGCAAAUGCAUCGUUCUGAGGAAGCUACUGACAAAAGCUUUCCACCUAACAAGGCUAACAGGGACAUUGGACUGCAGAAUCUUAUGGAAGAAGGCAAGAGAGAGACAUCCUAUUUGAUGGGAAUGGUAAGAACCUCAGAGGAUGGAUACAAUUGGAGAAAAUAUGGACAGAAGCAGGUUAAAGGUAGUGAAUAUCCUAGAAGCUAUUAUAAAUGCACCCAUCCUAACUGUCAGGUCAAGAAAAAGGUGGAACGAUCUCUUGAUGGCCAAAUAACUGAAAUUAUCUACAAGGGUACUCAUAAUCAUGGGAAACCUCAACCUAGUCGCCGACCAUCACUGGGUUCAGCACUUUCUACUGAUGAGAUGUUAGAAAUGGGUGAAGGUGGUGGAACCUUUGUCAAAGUUGAUGGUGGUUGGAGAAAUAUGCAUUCAGGGAUGAAAGAUAUAAAACAAAAUUCGGAUUGGAAGGCUGAUAAUCAGGAAAGGACACCAUCAACUUCUGUUGUAACUGAACUCUCAGAUCUUGUAUCAACUAACAAGGGGAAACCUAUCAGUAUGUUUGAGUCAGAGGACACUCUAGAGCUUUCUUCUACACUUGCUAGUCAAGAUGAUGAUGAAGAUGGAGCAACUCAAGGAAGCAUAUCACUUGAAGAGGAUGCAGAUGAAGAACUUGAGUCAAAAAGAAGGAAGAAAGAGAUCUGCUUGAUUGAUUCAAAUUUUGGUUCAAGGGCUGUCCGUGAGCCAAGGGUAGUUGUCCAAAUUGAGAGUGAAUUGGACAUACUUGAUGAUGGUUAUCGCUGGCGAAAGUAUGGACAGAAAGUUGUCAAAGGAAAUCCAAACCCUAGGAGCUACUACAAAUGCACAAGUGCUGGUUGUCUUGUGAGGAAACAUGUGGAAAGGGCUUCACACGAUCUAAAAUUUAUAAUCACUACUUAUGUGGGUAAACACAACCAUGAAGUGCCCACCGCUAGAAGCAACAAUCAAAUGAACUCGAGUGGUGCUGCUAUACUUCCAAGUGCAGCCAAUGCACAAGCGGCUCUUGCAUUACCUGGGAAUGUUAGUAUUCCAAAGCCUGAAAGUCAAGUUCCAAACACUGCUCCUCAUUUUGAGAGGAAGCCUGAAUUUAGCAACGAGUUACCGAAGCCCGAUUUAAUUGGUUUUAGUGAUGCGAUGAAUUUCGGAUCUUCCUCCUUAUGCCAGAUGAAGUAUACUCCCUUCAGCAAUACCUUGCCUUACGGCUCUUAUGAAAUGAAUUCAGGUCGUCGUGCUACGGCUCAACCUGGUUCUAUGACCUCAGUGUUUGCCGACUUUCCAAUGUCACUACCGUUGAAUCUUCCCUCAUCUGGAAGUUUUCUUCCAGCUGGACUCAAUCUCAAUUGUGUAAGACCUAUGGGUCCAAUCCAGCCUUUUCUUUCAGGGCAGCAGCUAAAGGAAGUUGACACGGGUUUCCUGGGGUCCAAACAGGAGCACAAAGAUACUCUUAUCUAUGAUACUUGCAUUCCCAUUGUUGAUGAUGCGAGUCCUUCCCUCACUCCAUCGUUAGCAUCCACGUCUGUAUAUCAUCGGGCCGUGCACAAUUUUCCUUCAUAGUUCCUGCUUUAUAAACCACCCUCAGCAUGCAGUCCCAGUAGGUUUCUUUUAGUAUUUGAACGCAUCUUGGUCCAUCGUUAGUGUCCCAAUUUUUGCAUCAUUCUUUGAAUCUUAGCAAUGGUAUCCCGAUUUAAAAUGCAUACAGUAUUUGCAUCUCGUUAUGCUUGAUUUUGAUGUUAUAUUUUAUCAGUAAAUAUCAAUUACUCUUUUUA